AUGGGUUUCUUUCGCAGCAGGAAGCCCAAGGCUGACGACCGCUGGGCGUCGGGCGCGUUCGCCGAAACGUCCGGCGACGGCGGCAUCGGGGAGACGUCCCUCACGGUCGCGGUGAGGUCCAGGCCGCUGCUCCCGGACGAGCGGCGACGGGGCGACCGCCGCGACAUCGUCCGCGUCCUCGACGACAAGCACAUCGUCGUCCUCGACCCGGACGACGAGAAGAACUACCUGGACGAGCGCACGCACAGGACCAAGGAACGGCGGUACACCUUCGACAAGGCUUUCGGCUCGUCCGCGUCCAACCGGGACGUGUACCAAAAAACCGCUCGCGCGCUCAUCUCCGGCGUGCUCAACGGCCAGAACGGCACCGUGUUCGCGUACGGCGCCACGGGCAGCGGCAAGACGUACACGAUGAUCGGCACGCGGAACGACCCGGGGAUGAUGCCGCUCUCGCUGAUGGACAUAUUCGACGCCAUCCGGUCCAUGUCUGGCGAAUACACCUUCGAGGUGACGUGCUCCUACCUGGAGGUGUACAACGAGCUCAUAUACGACCUAUUGGUGAACAACUCGCCGUCGCUGGACCUCCGCGAGGACCCGGAGCGAGGGGCGACCGUGCCGGGUUUGAGGCGGAUAUCGGUGACAAACGCGGAUAACGUGUUGGACGUUCUGAGAGAGGGCAACGCGAGACGAAAGACGGAGCCCACCGAGGCCAACGCCGUUUCCUCGCGAUCGCACGCGGUGAUGGAGAUUAACGUCCGGCGGUUCAGCCGCGUGCUGACGGGGAGGUUGUCCCUCGUCGACCUCGCCGGCUCGGAGCGAGCGUCGGAGACGAAAAACGAGGGCAGCAAGCUCAGGGACGGCGCGAACAUCAACCGGUCGUUACUGGCGCUCGCGAACUGCAUCAACGCGUUGGGGAAGAAACAGCAGGGCGCGGGGGUGUACGUCCCGUUCAGGAACUCUAAGCUCACCAGGCUGCUGAAAGACGGGCUCGUCGGUAACUCGAGGACCGCGAUGGUGGCCAACGUGUCGUGCGGCAACGACCAGUACAACCACACGAUCAACACGUUAAAGUACGCGGACAGGGCGAAAGAGAUCAAGACGAACGUGCGAACCAACGUCGUGCACGUGGCGACGCACCCGGGAGAGGCGCAACGCGUCAUCGAGCAGCUGCAGGACGAGGUGGCGGGUCUUAAAAGGGAGCUCAAGGCGGCGAGAUCCGGGGCGCCGAUUUCGAACCCGUCGGCGAUUGACGACGCCGGGGUUCGAACCGAGGACGUCUUUGACGAUCGGUGGCUGGAGAAGCUCAGCGUCGACGUUCACGAAAACACCGAGGAGAGGAUCAACCUGCAGCGCGCGCUGUUCGAGCUCGAGGACGUCGCCAUCCAGAGCCGGUGCGAGCUCGCGUCCGUCGAGGACAGGCUCGUGGAGCUGGAGAUGACGGGCGCCGCGCAAAUCCCAGGGUCGCGUGACAAAUCCGAGGCGGAGUCGCUUCGCGAUCGUCGCAGGCGACUGGCGGAUGGUCUGCGCGAGGGGGAGAACGCGGCGCGACGGGACCGCGCCGCCAUGGACGCCAACGAGGGCAAGAGGCGGGAGAUCCAGUCGAGGAUCGAUCGCGCCGCGGAGGCGCGCGAAUCCCGCAACGGGGGCAAGCUCCCCGCGUUUUUGCGCAUCCUCUCCCAGUACCGGACGCGGGGCGUGUCGUCGAUGGAGGCGCAUUUUCAGCUCGCCGUCCGCGACGGCGUCCUCGCCGAUCAACGCGACGUCAUCGGCUGCAUGUGGCGCAUGCUCGCCGCGGCCGGGGUGAGCCGCGAGCGCGCGGUGGAGGCGGCGAAGCGCGAGGGAGUC